AUGACUACCGCAGCUGCACCCCCAAUCCUGGACUUUUCUCCUUUCUAUGGCAAUGACAGCGAGGCCAAGGCAAAGCUAGUGGAGGAAGUGCGAAAGUGCUGCCACUACAAUGGAUUUUUCCAAAUUACUGGUCACCGAGUGCCAUUGGAGUUGCAGAAACGCGUGAUGGAAUGUUCCAAGCGCUUCUUCAAUCUCCCUCUAGAGGAAAAACUACAAAUCAAUAAAAGUGAGACUAAAUCCACCUUCGGUGAUAAUAGUGUUGACUUUGCAGAUCACAAUUCUUUUAACCGCGGCUACGAACUCCUCCGAUCACAGAUGCUCGAAGCGGGCACCGGCCCCGAACUGAAGGAAGGCCUCUACAUUGGAGAGGAGAUUCCCGAAGACCACCCAUACUUCCUGCAAAAGAAGUUAAACAGUGGCCCGAAUCAAUGGCCGCAAACUGUUCCCGAUAAGGAGGAGUUCCAGAAAACGACCAUGGAAUACUACCACGCGACGUUUGAACUCGCGAAGGAUGUACUCGGUGUCGUGGCCCUCACCCUGGGUGUGGAAUCGAGCUUCUUUGAACCACUUACCGAAGGCGCUGUCGCAACUAUGCGAUAUCUGCAUUAUCCUGCACAGCCCAAAGAUGAAGAUGAGAAGCUGAACCGUGGAAUCGGAGCGCAUACAGACUUCGGCUGUGUUACUCUUCUACUGCAGGAUGAAAUAGAUGGUCUGCAGGUCUUGGAUGCUCCAUCUGGACAAUGGCUCGAUGUUAAACCUACCCCCGGAGCAUACGUGAUUAAUCUCGGUGACCUAUUUAUGCGCAUGGCCAACGACAAAUACAAAUCAAACACGCACCGUGUCAUCAACAAAUCUGGCAAAGAGAGAUACUCCAUUCCAUUCUUUUUCAGUGGAAAUCCUGACUAUCUCUGCGAGUGCCUACCGAAUUGCCGCGAGCCGGGCGAAUCCGCGAAAUACCCCCCGAUCACGGUUCAAGACAUGGUAACUUCUGCCUACAAGGAUAGCUACGGUCGCGCUGAGAAGUACAAGAAGGAGCUCGAAGCGAAGAAAUUGGAUGUGGGUCCAGCUUUAACUGCGGUUGGCGCAUAA